AUGGUUGAGCAUACAGCUAUAGUCAUUGAUGAUGAAAAGGCUAGAGCAUUAGGGAACUAUCGCCGUAAGCUAAUUGAAUAUCGUGAAGAACAAGAAAUGCAGAAAGAGCAUGAUAAAUCAGAAAAUGAUAUCAAGUCGCUGCAGUCAGUGGGACAAAUAGUUGGUGAAGUGUUGAAGCAGCUAACGGAUGAAAAAUUUAUUGUGAAAGCUACAAAUGGUCCUCGAUAUGUGGUUGGAUGUCGACGCUCAAUAAAUAAAGAAGCCUUAAAACAAGCAAGUCUACAUUUAAAAUGUGCAUAUAUUUGUGAAAAAGUCGCUAGUUCUGGUACUCGUGUUGCUUUAGAUAUGACAACGCUAACAAUCAUGCGUCAGUUACCGCGAGAAGUAGAUCCGCUAGUAUACAAGAUGAGUCAUGAAGAUCCAGGCAAUAUAUCAUACUUCGAAGUUGGCGGAUUGAGGGAGCAAAUACGAGAACUACGCGAAGUCGUGGAGCUCCCUUUAAUUAAUCCUGAUUUGUUCCGACGCGUUGGUAUCACUCCUCCUAAAGGAUGCCUUUUAUAUGGUCCUCCUGGUACAGGGAAGACACUUCUGGCUCGAGCUGUUGCUUCACAACUAGAAUGCAAUUUUUUGAAAGUUGUUUCAUCUGCGAUAGUAGAUAAAUAUAUAGGCGAAUCUGCACGAAUGAUUAGAGAGAUGUUCAAUUAUGCGCGUGAUCAUCAACCUUGCAUUGUUUUCAUGGAUGAAAUCGACGCUAUAGGUGGUCGUCGAUUUUCGGAAGGCACUUCUGCAGAUCGCGAAAUUCAGCGCACUUUGAUGGAGCUCUUGAAUCAGAUGGAUGGGUUUGAUUCUUUAGGAAGGGUCAAAAUUAUCAUGGCAACAAAUCGACCUGACACAUUAGACCCAGCUUUACUAAGGCCUGGUCGUUUAGAUAGAAAAAUUGAAAUUGGUCUUCCAAAUGAGCAGAGUAGAUUAGAAGUUCUAAGAAUUCAUGCUUGUAAUAUAACCAAACAUGGCGAAAUUGAUUAUGAAGCUGUAGUAAAGCUUUCUGAUGGAUUCUCUGGUGCGGAUCUUAGAAACGUUUGCACAGAAGCAGGUACUCCCGGGCUGUUUGCUAUUCGAGCUGAACGUGAAUACGUUAUUGAUGAAGAUUUUAUGAAAGCGGUGCGUAAAGUGGGUGAUGCGAAAAGGUUGGAAACAAAGCUUGAUUACAAACCUGUAUGA